AGUCAGAUAGAUACAUUUCAUUUCUCAUUCUCACAACACAACACUAACUACACUUGACUUGACUGGGCACGUCGACAGCAUACAAAAUUACAAGUGUUGGAGUUGUGUUUUCGUUGUUGGUGUUAAUCAGUGUUUUAUUUAGUAAUGACAUAGCCUGUCCUUCUUGUAAUUUGUGUUACUCGAAAAUCAUUCAUAAUGCCAGUUAUUUUACUCGAAAGGUUGCCUCUUCCUAGCCUUAAAGCCUAUACGGUUAUCAGUGCUGUGGUGUUAUCGUGUUCGGUAUAUUAUGCUGUUCAUGUGACAAGUGAUCCAAGCUGGAAGAGCAAUUCUACAUCUUCAGUGAAUAUAGAAACCCUUGAGACUGUUAAAAAUGAUUCAUAUGAUGUUGUUUUAGGACUGUCAAGAAAACUGUCGACUCUUGGGGUUUUUAUAAAAAAUAUAGUGUCAUUCAUGAUUCAGGAGCCUCUUUGCAUUUGGACCCUGAUCAACACAGCUUACUGUACCCUCAUUCUGCUGGGCAAGUUUAUACAAAGACUAGUGUUUGGUGAACUGAGGGUCUCGGAGCAGCAACACCUCAAAGACAAGUUCUGGAACUUUGUCUUCUACAAGUUCAUCUUUGUAUUUGGUGUCAUCAAUGUGCAGUUUAUGGAUGAGGUUGUCAUGUGGUGUGCCUGGUUCAGUGUAUUAGGCUCCCUACAUCUAUUGGCACAACUCUGCAAAGAUCGUUUUGAAUAUUUAUCAUUCUCCCCCACCACGCCAGGAUGGUCGCACCUGAGACUGGUGGUGUUGCUGGUGUCCAUACUGUUUCUGUCAGGUCUGAUGUUCCUUGUAGCAGUUGCCGUUGGCUUCUUGUCAGCCGGUCUCAACACAUUCGCUUUCAUGGCUGCCGAGUGCGUGCUGUUGUCGGUGCGCACGCUGCACACGUUGCUCCGCUACGCGCUGCACGUGUACGACGUGCGUGGUGGCGGCGGCCGCGUUUGGGAGAAGCGAGGCGCACUGGCUUACUACACAGAGCUAGUGUUUGAGCUGGGAGCCCUGACUGUAGAGCUGCUACACCACGUGCACAUGCUGUUGUGGAGCAACAUCUUCCUGUCCAUGGCUUCACUAGUUAUCUGCAUGCACCUGCGCUACCUCAUACAUGAGAUACAGAGGAGAGUGAAGAAGCACCGCAACUACUUGUGGGUGCUGUACCACAUGGAGCAGAGCUACCCAAUGGCAUCCAGCAAGGAACUGGCUGAAAACUCAGACAACUGUGCCAUCUGUUGGGAGAAAAUGGAAUCAGCUCGGAAACUGCCUUGCACCCAUCUGUUCCACAAUUCGUGUCUACAGUCUUGGCUAGAGCAGGAUACAUCGUGUCCCACGUGUCGUCUGGCCUUGAGUAUUCAUAGUCUCAACUCAGCCAACAGUCAACUCAACGAGCCAGCCAACCUGCCUCCCAACCGUCCCCGGCCCAACCACUUCUUCCACUUUGAUGGCUCCAGAUACGUGUCAUGGUUGCCCAGUUUCUCUGUAGAAGUGACCCACACUCAACUCCUACAUAACACUCAACCAACCCACACCUCCCAGCUGGAGUCCAUGGCCAGGACGGUGCAGCAACUGUUCCCACACCUACCACUGAAUGUCAUCAUAGAGGAUCUGCACAUCACACGCAGUGUUGAGUUAACUGUAGAGAAUGUGUUGGAAGGUCAUGUAGUGGCACCACUGCAGAGUCCACCCACACCUCCUCCCCUGUCCACUCCACCGGUGACUCCGCCCUCCCUGGGGGCCGGCGUUUGGCAGCACGCCUCCAACAGUGAAUCUGCUGAGGAAGAAGAGGAACCAUUGAACCCAGGAAGUCGAUUUUCAAAGUCUCCAACAGAAAGGGAAAGAAUCUUGUAUGUUCGAAAAGAGAAAUUGCUGCUUGGAGCUCGUCGAAGAUAUCUGGAGAGACUUCAAGCCUCUCCUUCUAGCUGAAGGGGUCCCUCUGUAUCGUCAAUGUUUACUGUCAAACUAAAGGCUUAUUUUAAUAUUUCAACCACUAAAUAAAUAGUCGUUCAAGCAAAAAUAUUCUUUCAAUUAAAUGUUACGAAUUAAUUUUUUUAAUGUUAGUUGGAAUUCUCAAACCUUAAAAACGCUUUAUAUGCGGAUGUAUGUAAAUUUUAUAUUCUUGAGCUUCUGGUUUCAAUAAGGCUUUGUUAUUUCACUCUCGUUAAAUUUGUGCACCCAAUAGUCGUUUAUCAAGUACUUUUGUAAAUGAAGAAAUGAAAGACUGUGUUAUUUAAUAAGAAGAUAUCGUGAUAUUUUAGAAUGAUUAACGAGUACUUUCUUUUGUGUUUCACGUAGGUUAAUACCAUAAAUUUUGUAGCUUUAGCGUUUUUGUUGUAUAUAUGUUUUUAUCUUAAGACUACACCAAAAUGUUACUUUUCAUACUUUAACUAGGCAAUCUGAAUCUAGUCUAGUUUUGUACUAUAUUGUUAAUUUUAAUCGUAGGAACAUUAAUUUACUAGGCUGUAUUGCUGUUACACCUUUAAUUUAAUUAGGCUUAUCUAAUGAGUGAGUUUAUGUAGAUUUUUGGAAUUCGGAAGGUAGAAAUUACAAUGUACACCCACAUUAAUUUAUAUAUAUAUAUUUUUUUUAACUAUACAAUCAUUUAUUUAAAUUGAUUUUUAGCUUAGUUUAUAGCUCGUAUUCAGCUUUUGGUGAGUUAAAAAGUAGUUUGAUAUAAACAGUUUUAAUUUUGAUUUAAUCAUUCCUCAGGUACUUUUACAGAGCUGAUCUGGAAUGUUUAAGCGAAUGAGAUUGUCAUAAGUUUUGUCAUUUGUCUAGUAGUCCUAGCAGUGUACCUAUCAAUCAGAGAAAAAUUAAACUUCGGGUUUGUUUCUCGCAGUUAUAAAAAGUGUUCAAUCAUUAGAUUGGGUUUCAAACGACUGUUAGUAUUAUGUACAGUUUUGUUUGAUUUUGUUGAUAGAAGUGUAGAUUGUAUAACUGUGUAUUGUAGGAUUUGUGUACAAAAUGAGGCUCGACUAGUGACUGAUUUUAGCAUAUUACACCCUGCAUUAGAAUAAAAUAUUCUUUGUGCAUAA